UGGGUUGUCGUAUCGGCUUGCAGACCGCCACAUCGCUGUUCUUACACAGAAACAAGGACGCUCAAUGAAGAUGCCAUGUACUGGGAAAAUAGGUCGUGGCUACGGAUGGGUUGUAACCGUCUUAGGUUUUCUAAUCGGCGCUAUUGAGCUUGGAACUUUCAAAAGUUUCGGCGUCUUUAUUUUGCCGAUUCGCGAAUCGUUGGAUUGCUCAAUUUCCUCCUUGGGGACUGCAAUGGCUGCGUCGCACACGACGUGCUAUGUUCUAGUUCCGCUGGUGAACAUCUUGACUGAAAGGUAUGGCUCACGAAGACUCGUCAUGCUGGGAGGAGUCAUCAUGUUUCUUGCGUUCCUUGGAAUAUCGCUGGCGACUAACAUUGCUGUAUUUUCACUUCUCAUAAUGAUAUGGGGAAUGGGUGUUUCCCUUGCCUACGUCCCUCCCAUUGCCGCAGUGAUCAAGUAUUUUCCAAACAAUGCGGCUCUACCUAUCAGUAUCACUGCCACAGGAUGUGCCUUUGGGAUGAUGAUUUAUCCCCCGUUGACAGAAGCCUUGAUCGAGAUAUAUGGAUGGCGUGGCACCAUACUCAUAUUUGCAGCUUUUAAUGCAAAUAUUUGCGUUUUUGGAGCCUUGAUCAAGCCGCCGCCACCGCUACCGCUGUAUGAAGCCCUUGUCACUCCACGUCAAGAGAUGAUACCAGCGCAUUCACUAUCUGGUGACAGUAAACUGAACAAUUUGAUCAACGUCUUUAAGAAAGCUGCGAAGGGUUUCAAUAACAUUAUAUCCUUGGAUGUAUUACUACUGGAACCAAUGUUCACCAUAUAUGCUUUUGCGUGUUUUUUACUUGGCAUCAUGUAUAGCGCCUGGAUGAUUUACCUCGUUCCUCAUGCAGUGGUCAGGGGUAUUGGGAACCAGCGAGCUUCUCUUCUAUCUACGGCAGCUGGAGUUGGUACCCUCGUUGGCAGGAUCGUAUACGGACCAAUAUUGCACCGUGGAUACAUCACACCGGUUCAAAUGUUCAUACUUCUUGCUUGUGGCAAUAUUGGAGCAUUUGUGCUUGAUCCAAUCGCUUUAGAUAACUAUCCAGGACUGGUUGGGUUAUCUUCCAUCAAUGGCCUUUGUCUCGGAGUGAUGGCCGGUAUGUUCAUACUUGUGUCCCAGCAAGUCUUGGAGGGUGAAAUAGGCGACAGGGCGUGGGGUAUAUUGUGUGUCACCUUUGCGAUUGGGGAAUUAGCUGGAGGAGCUUUGGCAGGUUUCAUAUAUGAUGCCACCGGAAGUUACGAGUUGUCAUUUUUGUUUCUUGGAGGUUUAUCAGCCGUGAUCGUCGCGUCCCUCGCAGUUGAACGCUUACUGGAUCGCUGCUGUGGAAAAUAAUUUAUUUCACUACUUUGUGCGUAGAUUGAUAUGAUCAGUCCAUGAUUGUUUGUAAUAAGCACUCCUCGUGCCUGCCGAACUGAUUUCAAAUCAAGACUGCAUUGAAAGACUGCAAAGAAUGCAUUUAAAAUUUGUCACGAAGUUCUCAGCGUCCGUCAACCCUCUUUUGAUUUGAUAUUAAGGAAUCGACAAAGCGUUAAGCCUUCUUUUGAAUUAGCUGCAGAGGAGUUGACGGUGACGUGCAAGUUGUAUCAUAAGUAAAUAGCUUUAAAAAACAUGAUGCAGCAAGUCUGUUUCAUAAAGGUUUUUAAUGUGAAAUGCAUGGGCUACAUUCAUGGGUAAAAACAACCGCAAUGUCGUUUGAUUUUAAGGUAUGUCGUUUGAUUUUAAGGCUGCAGACGCCAAAAUAGUAAAAGGCAGUUUUUAAGUUAAAGUCAAACCCGCAUUUUAGGUCGAUGUAUGUGAUACACUUGUCUUUUGUUUUCCUCAAAAAGUUAACCUGAGUAUUGUGUGUACUUUUGUAUCAUGCAUGCAGAAUGUCAGCAUGAAAUGUACAACAGUUACUUCGGCGUUUCCUACUGUAAAUGAAAACAGUCCUUGCGUCCAUUUGCUUUGUCUUCUGCGGGAAUGAGAACAAAUGUUAGGAAUACCAUGCUGGCUGGAGACUUGUUUAGCGACCGUUCAAUAUUUUGAGCCGGGGAAGAAAUUCAUGCAGAGAAGCCCAAAAAUGCCGCAUUAGAAGUGGUGCACAGGCUAAGCGAACGAUUUCAGUUUUUUUUUCCAUUCAUAUUUAACUAAGUAAGAGUAAAAAAAAAAUGAGUGGACUAAUUUAACACGUAAUCAAGAUUUCAGCUGCGGCAAUAAAAUGAAUACAUAAUUGGAACACAUAAUGUAGACUUGAAGUUAAGUCCGACGUUAAAAUGGCUUUAGACAUUUGGUUCAGUUUUAUGAACGAAAUGCACCUUAAUUUUGUCAAAGUAAUGUUCAGCCUAUUGCUAUUGCUAAGGGUAUUUCAAAAGCCCUUUUUAAUGUUAAAACAAAAUUGUCCAUAUGCAUGACCGAAUGGUGGCCUGAUCAGGCAAAAGCUUAUAAAAUUUCAGAUCCUUAUAGUGGUUCAGACUAGAUAUUCACCCACAACCACUGCAUUGGACUUGUCGGCACACACCAGCCGUUAGGUACAUUAGACAUGUGCGGAAUUGCUACUGCAAAUUCAGACACAAAAGGGCUCCAGAUGGUCAAAUAUAAGGUGUCUGUAGACAAAGGGUGUUCAUUGGCCGGGGUGUAAAUUGAUAGGGUGUAAAUUGACCGGGCGUUAGGGCAGAAACCAACAAAGUUGUAAGAAAACGUACAAGAAAGAUUAGUGUAUAUGCCUGGUCCAGCU